AUGGGCGAGACGGACCGCGGCUCCGUGGGCUCAGGGCAAGCUGCAGAGCUCUACAAGGCGAAGAGGAGGCGCUCCAGCGUCCGCGAGAGAAUGCGGGAGAAGCAGCGGGCAGCCGCAGGAUGCUCAAAGGUGGAGGCCUUGCUCAUGACCCUGGAGGCGGCCAGUAACAACUUGGAGCUGGUGCUCCACUUGGUGCCCGACACCCUCCGUGAGAGCAUCUCCGAUCCCACCUUCGUUGAUUUGUGUGUGCAGAAGUUCAAGUCUCUGGACAAGGAGGAGCGUGGGGACCUGACCUCGGACGACCUGAUGCCCGUCAUUGUGGAGCUGAGCCGCACACAGGAGGAGAGCAUCGCCGCGGAGCAAUGCAGGAAGUUCGCGGACAUGUUCGAUUCCGACCAGGAUGGCCUCAUCAACGUGACCGAGUUCACGCAGAUGGUCCAGUUUGUGACGGUGGCCGGCUGGCUGGAAACACAGGAGGGCAAGGACAUGAUCCAGAAGGCUUCCCUGGCUGACAAGACCUUCCAGGACUUCAUCCAUAUGAUCGAAGUAGACAAGGAGCGGUUGUGGAGCAUCAUCCCCUUCUUGCCGGACUGGCUGGUGCAGCACCUUACGGGGAAGAAGUUCGAAGAUGCCUGCCACGAGCAGUUCGACGCCUUGGACGCGGACCGCUCCGGGGAACUGGAGCCAAUGGAGCUGCUGCCGGUGAUCCAAGGCAUCUGCCAAACCGAGGAGCAUGCCUUGCCAAUGACCGAGGAGAAAUGCUGGAGGUUCACGUCGCUCUUCGACACCGAUGGCAAUGGCGUGAUCCGGCGGGACGAGUUCAUCGAGUUCGCCCAAUUUCUGACGGUCAUGAACUUCUUGACCAACACUGAGGAGGGCUUGACAGUGGAGCCCCCAGACCAUCGCAAUCGAGCCCUUCGCGCAAUGAAGUGCAUGUCCGCGGUCCUUCUGCUUGCGCUGGCGAACGCGGCGCAAGCGGCCUCGGUCAUUGCCAAGGUCAUCUCCAUGCUCGAAAGCAUGAAAGAGUCCGGCUUGAAGGAGAAGCAACAGGAGGAGGUGCAGUACGCGGCCUACCACAGCUGGUGCGAUGCCGAGAUUGCCACCAAGACCCGGGAGGUGGGCGAGGGUGGAGAAAAGGUUCAGCUGCUGCAGGCGGGCAUCGAGAGCUCUCUGUCGGCGGCGGAGACGCUGGCGGCGCAGCUGGCGGAGAAGGCGGCGGAGCUGGAGAAGCUCGGCGCGCAGAAGAAGAACGCCUCCGCAACGAGGAGCAGCCAGGCUGAGAGCUACAAGACCACACACAAGGACUACACCGAGUCCAUCCAGGCCAUCAUGGGCGCCCUGCGCGAGCUGAAGACCAAGGCCUCCGCCGACGUGGGUAGCUUCCUGGCCACCAAGGCCUCGCGCGCGGCGUUCCUGGCGCUGGCGCGCCGGGGCUCAGAGCCGGAGAAGAGCCUGGAUUCCCUGGACUUCUCGUCCUCGCGGAUCGAGGAGAUGCUGACUGCGCUGAAGGACAAGUUCCGGGAGGAGCGGGCGGCGGCGGAGAAGGAGGAACUGCAGCUGGGCCACGCGCACGAGAAGCUGCUGCAGGAGCUCACCCUGAUGAUCUCCCAGGGGGAAAGCGACCAAUCCGCGAAGAGUCAGAGCAAGGCCAAGGCGCAGGAGGCCGCCGGGGCCCAGAAGGCCGAGCUCGCGGACUCUGAGAGCUCCGUGGAGGAGCUGCAGAAGUACCUCCAGGAGGUGAAGGUCACCUGCGAGCAGAAGGCCAAGGACUAUGAGGAGCGCAUGAAGCUCCGGGACGGGGAGACCCUGGCCAUCACCAAGGCCACGGAGCUGCUGUCCUCGCAGCAAGUGGGGGCCACCCAGGGGCGGCUGAGCCUCCAGCAGCGCCGCACCGCGCUGGUGGCCCGGCGGAGCCACUCCGCCUCCGCCACGGACGACGAGGCCCAGAGGAGGGCGGCGCAGUAUCUGCAGAGCCAGGCGGUGAAGUUCAACAGCCGGGUGCUGUCCUCCAUCGCCACUCGCCUCAGCGCGGAUCCCAUGGCCAAGGUCAGAGACAUGGUGAAGAGUCUCAUCACCAAGCUCCAGGAGGAGUCGAGUGAGGAGAUGGAGCAUCGCCAGUGGUGUGAGAAGGAGCUGGGCGAGAACAAGAGAGCUCGAGAGUCUCGGGGCUCCUCGGUGGAGAGCCUCCAAGCAGAGGUGGAGACCACUGAGAGCGAGGUGGCGAAGCUGGCGGUGGAGAUUCAGGAGCUGGCCAGCCAGCUGGCAGAGAACAAGGAGACUUUGGCAAACCAGACAGAGACUAGAAAGCUCGAGAAGGACGAGAACACAAAGACGGUGGAUGAUGCCAAGACAGCUCAAGAUGCUGUGGCCCAGGCACUCACAGUGCUCAAGGAGUACUACUCUGGCGUGCAGCUGGUUCAAACUACGGCUGGAUCAUCGCUGAAGGGCAAGGCUCCAGAGAUCUUCGAAGGCAGCUACUCGGGCCAGGGCUCCGAGGCGGUGGUGGCCAUGCUGGAGGUGGUGCAGGCGGACUACGCCAAGUUAGAGUCCACCACCGCGGCCCAGGAGGCCGCGGCGGCGAAGGACUUCACCCAGCUCACAGCCGACAUGGCCAUCUUGGAGGUGCAGCAGAAGAAAGACUCGGAGCACAAAACGGCCCAGAAAUCCGACAAGGAGCAGAGCGCCAUGAGCAAGAAGGUGGACCUGCGCAGCGCGCAGAAGGAGCUGGAGGCGGCAGAGCAGUACUACGAGCAGCUCCAGGACUCCUGCUCCGCCACCGGGUCCACGGCCCAGGAGCGCGCCGCCCGGCGAGCGGAGGAGAUCCAGAGCCUCAAGGUCUCGAAGCAGGCCGAGAACUUGAUCAGCAACUCGGGGAAGGCGGAAUCCAUGUUCCAACUCCUGGAGCAGGAGCCGGACGUGCUGCAGGAGGUCUUGCCGCAGUUGCCGAAGCCUUUGUACUGGGGGCUCACGAGCCUGGACUUCAACAAGGCCUGCUUGGACGGCUUCCAGGCCGCUGCUGGUCAGGACAGCGACCUUUCCACCACCGUGCCACCUGGCAUGCUCAUGUCUGUCAUCCACCAGCUGGCGCAGGAGCAUCCGUUCAAUAUCUCCGAGGAGCAGUGCAACUACUUCAUCAGCCGAUGGGACAAGGACCUGAAAAACUCGGUGACGUCGGCCGAGUUCCUGCUGCUGGCGCGGUACGUCAUCGUCAUGGGCUAUUUGCAACACCAAGCGCAGAACCAGGAGGGCGUAGUGGCCGACGCCUUGGUGGGCAAGGAGAAGGUGGAGAUGCUGCUGACGGAGCUCAAGAAAGGCUCCUCGCUGGUCUGGGACGUUCUCCCCUUCCUGCCGGAGGACCUGGUGGCCGAGCUGUCCAGCGAGGACUUCGAGAAGAUGUGUUUGGACUACUUCACAGAUUUAGACAAGGAUGCCAGCGGCACCCUGGAGCCCGUGGAGAUUCUGCCCGUGAUCCAGGAGCUGGCACAGGCCCGGUCCUUUGAGCUCACGGAGGAGCAGGAGCACUGCCGCCGCUUCGUGGAGAUCUUCGACGUGGACAACAACGGGGUCAUUGGCCAAGAUGAGUUCGUCAACUUCGUGCGGUAUAUGAUGAUCAUGUCCUUCAUGCAGACGCCCGAAGGCCAGCUGGCGAAGCUCGAGGCCGAGGUGGACCAGAGCAGCACCCAGGUGGACGGCCUCCUGAAGCAGCUGGCACGUGACAGGGACUCCAUGUUCAAGAUCAUGGGGCUGCUGCCGGAGGAAGUCUAUGCCGAGCUGGUGUCUCAAAGAUUCGUCAAAGAAUAUACCGACGAGUUCAAGAGGCUCGACAAGGACGGCAGCGGCGCGCUGGAGCCUGCGGAGCUCUUCGAGAUCAUCGUCCAGCUGUCGAAUGCCAAGCCCUUUGCCGUGACCCUGGAGCAGUGCCAGGAAUUCACCAGCAUCUUCGACCUCCGCGGCGACGGGGUGCUGCGGCAGGACGAGUUCUUGGACUUCGCAAGGUUCCUGUGCAUCAUGAGCUUCUUGCACAGUGCAGAUGGGCAGGCCGCAGCGGGGGAGGCCAUGAAGGUGCUGCAGGACUCCCGCCGCAUCGAGGACCCGGCCGGACGCGCGUGGCCGGGAGGCCUCCCCAUCGGCGGUGUUUCUAGGACCUCCUGGACUCACUGGAGCGAGAUCGAGCAGCAGUGCAGCAGGUCCAGCGCCAUGUCGCGCCCGCAGUCGCGCGGCAUGGGCCCCGUGUCCGGGCGCCUCGCUCGGGGUCAGGCCAUGGGCCAGACGGGCCGCGUGCAGCGCUCAGCGCGGAAGUGUCAUGUGCCCACAGCGCAGGGCGGCCGCAUGACUGGGGCCUCCCGCACGCGGCAGGGCACGGCGCAGCCGAUGGGCGUGGGCGCCAUGACGGAGGUGAAGGUCUCCGAUCGGCCCAUGACCAUGCAGGGUGCGCGGCAAGACUGCCCUGAGAAGUGUGCCUUAGACGCGGGGGACGCCGCCCUGGUCUCCGGCACCUGCAAGGUGUGCCAGCACUCCAUUUGCUUCCACUGCCAGGAUUGCCAAGAGCUUGGCCUCUCCAACUCCAACUGCGACCGCCCUUGCUGCCGCUUCGAAGUCACCGUUUUGGGCGUGGAGGUGAAGCUGGUGGAGAAAGCCGCUGAAAGCCUUGGGAUCUCCAAGCAAGCUGUGAAAACCAAUGCCGGGACCAAAACCGCCGUGGUGACCCACCUCUCGAAGGAAUUCUGCAGUCUGGCGGUGUUUCUCAUGAGCAAGAAGCGAGUCACGGUGCUCUUGGCCCACACCUUGCUGCGGCGGGCCGCCUUGUCCAUCAUGGGCAAACGCCUCUCCAUGCACGUCUUGAUGCUGGUGGUGCUUUUGGGCGCCAUGUAUUUGGGGCAGUUCACGGAGGCCGCCACGGUGGCCUUCCUGGUGAAUGCCGCCGAAUGGAUCGUGGGCAAGUCGCAGGUGGCAGUCGAGGAAGAGCUGGAGAAAAGCCUGGUGGGCACGGCCACACAUGCAACGCUGCUGGGGCAGAAUCGACAGGGCGUGUCCGUGAAGAUCGAGGACUUGAAGCCCAAGGAUGUGGUGCUGCUGAAGGCCGGCAGCACCGUGCCCUGCGACGGCCGGGUGCUCCGCUGCGAGGCCUGCCAAGUGAACGAGGCUGCCGUCACGGGGGAGGCCCUGCCGGUGGAGAAGCAGCUGAAGUCGCAGCUCUUCUCAGGCACGGUGGUGGUGUCGGGCGUGGCGGAGAUGGAGGUCACCGCCAGCGCGGCGGAGUCCUUCCAGGGCCGCAUCAAGGCCGCGGUGGCGGACGCCCGCGGCUCCCGCUCGGAGAUGGAGGAGCUGGUGAACCGCUUCGCCGAAGUCUACACCCCCGUGAUCCUGGCGCUGUCCCUGGGCCUGGCGCUGUGCACGGACCUCACGCGGGGCCUGACGAUGCUGGUGUCCGCGUGCCCCUGCGCCGUGGUGGCCGCCGCGCCGGUGGUGCAGAGCUGCGCCUUCGUGCGGCUGCUGUCGGAUCUCCAGGUCCUGGUGAAGGAUGCUCGAGCCUUGGACACCUUUGCGCGGAUCUCGCGCCUGGGCGUGGACAAGACAGGGACCCUGACCAAGGGCGCCUUCGAACUGGCCCAGGUCGUGAUGAUGCCUGGACACGAGAACAAGCAGGACUUGCUGCGGCUGUUGGCGGCUCUGGAGUCUCAGGACUCUCAUCCCCUGGCCAACAGCCUGGUUCGCAGCUACGUGGGCUGCGCCGCCUCCUUCGUCUCUAGCGCCGCCCUACCCAAGGUGGAGCGCUUCACCCGCGUGGAGAGCGCGGGCGUGUGGGGCAUCGUGGAGGACACCGUGGUGGGCGCCGGCAGCCGCCGCUUCCUCGAGUCCAUGGCCAUCGACCUGCCACAAGAGGCCGAGGACAUCCUCCAGGAGUGGGAGCAGAGCGGCAGCGUUUUCACGACUGUGUUCAUGACCUUGGAGGAGGAGGUGGUGCUGGUGCUGCGCCUGGAGGACGAGGUGCGGGAGGACGCCUUUGGGGCCCUGCGCUCGCUGGAGCUGCUGGGCGUCUCCGUGGCGAUGCUCACCGGGGACGAGCGCCGGGCCGCCGAGGCCGUCAGCAGCGCCCUGGGCAUCAAAGAGAGCUUGGCCAAGCUGACCCCCGGCGAGAAAGAGCGCUGGAUCCACGGGGAUGCAGAGGAGGGGCUGGCGCAGCCUUUGCUGAAGGCGCACCAGGCGCCCACGGCCAUGCUGGGUGACGGCUUGAACGACGCCCCAGCCCUGGCAGCCGCCGACGUGGGCGUGGCCAUCGCCCAGGGCCUCCAAUUGCCCUGCGACGCCGCAGACGUCGUCAUCGGCAGCGGCGGGCAGAUGCUGCAGCGAUUCGUGCAGGCGCUGCACUUUGCCCGGCGCUGCAAGGACCUCAUCCGGCAAAACCUGGCCAUUGCGGUCCUGGUGAAGUUCUCGGCCCUGGCCUUGGCAGCCACAGGGCAUCUCUACCUCACUUUGGGUGUCCUUAGCGACACUGGCUGCUUGCUGUUGCUCUCCGACCUUUCGCCAGGUGUCAUGGGCAUGAAGACGGGGUCCCUGGGCCCCAAGCGGCAAAUCUACGACAAGACCUUCUACCUCGUGGAGCUCCGGAAGCGAUGCCAGGCCCCGCCUGCUGGUGGGGCUGAGUUUGACAUCUGCUGCUCGGCCAAGCUGAAUUCCAUCGGCCGCUGGAGCAAGGUUGCCGGCAUCUAUGGCGCUUGGCAACUUCUGGCAAAGGCGGCCAUGUCUGAGGGCACCUCACCCUACGUGUUCCUUUUCUACCGGUGCUUCUUGGGCUCCGUGAUCAUGAUUCUGACGUGCUUCAUCCCUGCGCUGAGACCGGCGCCGGAUCUCCCCUUCGAUCCGGUACGGGCCGUUGCCCAGAGCCUGCAGCUGGACGGCGGCAAGUUCUUCCUGCUGGCAGUGCUGAUCGGCAUGAACACGCUAGGUGGGCUGCUGGCGGUCUCCCGACUGCCUGCGAUUGUUUGUGCCAUUAUGCAGCCCUCCAUGCCGGUGAUUGCUGUGAUUAUCUCCUGCUCAUCCGGCGUGGAGCCGUGGUCUUCUGGGAAAGUCCUAUGUGUUCUGGUCAGCGCGGCCGGAGCUGUGAUUGUCGUCUCACAUGGUCAUGAUCUGCCAUCACACCUUUCCAGCAUGCUGGGCUGGUUCUUCCUCUUUGUGAAUGUCACAACUGGUGCUGCCUACAGCGUCUUCCAAAAGCACACUGGUUUGCUGCAAAAGUACUCUCCAAUGUUCGUGGCGGGUGUCUCCUUCCUCCUGGCCGGCUGCGCGCUUCUGCCCGCCGCCCUGGCGGACGUCGACACGAGCCACAGUUUUCGGCCCCUGUCGCUCCUGGCCUUGGCUUAUGUGGUGGUUUUCGGCACGGCGUACAACUACAGCAUCGGGGCUUGGGCAAACAAAGUGACUCGGCCCUCCUUCGUGACAGCUUUCCACACACUGCAGCCCGUCGCCACCUCGCUGCUGAACUACCUGCUCUUCGGUGUGAGCCUCACUGCAGGUCAAGCAUUUGGGGGUGCCACCAUCAUCGUGGGACUGCUGGCCAACGUGAUGGAGCUAACAGAUGAGGUGAAGAGGUUAAACCAGGAGAUCAAUGACAUUCAGCAGGACAACAAUGUCUAUGCCUCGCUGGAGAAGCGCUAUGACACUCUGGUGAAAACCGUGCGAUCGCUGGAGGGUGACCUGGCUGACCACAACCUGGCCACUGACAAGCAGCGCACAGACACCAGGCCAGAGGAGGUGCAUCAUAUGUACACCCUCAUGAAGUCUCAGAACGAGCAGCAGCGGGCAGACGUCGAUCAGAUCUUUCUGGAGAAGCGCAGUCACGAGGAAGAGAUUGGUCGCAUGGAGCAGGAGAUCGGGGCCAUCGCCCGGGCGGCCGAGGAGCGGCUCAACGAGCUGCACCCGGACCAGCGUCGCGAGUAUGAAGACUUGCGCGAGGAGAGCAAGCGGUUAAGCACGGACCUGGCAGAUGCACGGGACGAGCUGGACCAGGUCAGCGGCAGGCUCAAUGCCUUGGAGAGCCGGUUGCGAAGCGACCCUCUGCGCACGCGGCACCGACAACUGAAUCAAGCUCGCAAAGAACUCGAGACUCAGCUGCUGUCGCUGCGUCAGGAGGUGCAGCAGGGCUCCAUGAGCAUUCCCGAGCAGCGGGAGAUCCUUCUCUCCAAGGUGAAGAACGACAAUCAAGAGAUUGUGGCCACCGAGAAGUCCAACAGUGAGAUGAAGUUGGAGAUGGAGCGGCUGCGAGCCCAGAUCCGGGAGGUCCAAGCCGACGUGGAGGAGAAGAAGGAAGAGAGCAGCGAUCAGCAGAAGUAUGAAAUCCUCUUCACGAAGGACCAGGAGAUGACAGCCUUCAUUGAAGGCUUCGCAGAAGCCAAGGCAGAGGAGGAGAAGAAGAUCAAAGAGAAGCAGGAGAGCAUCGAGCGUUUGCAGCUGAUCAUUUCCAAGAGUUUAGAGCUUCCUCCAGACGUCACUCCUGAGUCGCAUCUCAGGGACAUGGAGGAUGAGUUAGACUUCAAGAAGGCCCAGCUGCAGAACUCCGAAACCACGCAGAGCCGCCUGGAGGCCGAGCUCGCGAAGCGUGAGGGUGAGCUGGAGAAGAUCGAGAGCUUGGAUGUGAAAAUCUCGCUGGAGCUCUCCCAGGUGGAAGAAAAGAUGAGGCAGUACGAGAAGGAAAUCGCUGAGCGCUAUGACAAGAUCGACGACAUGAAGGCCCAAGGCGCCUUGGAAAGCCAGAAGUUGGAGGACUCCAAGAAGGGCCUGGAGGAGAGAUCACAGGCCUUGCGCCAGCAGGUGAACUUUCUUCGCCUUCGAACUGACGGAAAGCGCAGGGGGCUUACACUUGCGACUCCCGGCAAAUUCGGAUGCUCAAUCUGGGACGUGAGAACACUAAUUCCCACGACCCUGCAAGUUGACUCAGCAAGUUGA